GGAACAUGUGAACUUGUAAAGCAUGAUGUGGACGACUGAGCUGAGCUGUAUCAUCAUAUUGUUCGGGGUAUCAGCCGACGGCGGGGGCUGGGAGCCUCUCGGGCAGCCUUACUUCGACAACAGCACAAAGCGGGAAUCCACCGCCGCGGUCGGACAGCCCGCGUACCUGCACUGCCGAGUGAGGAACCUGGCGGAUAGAGCGGUAUCCUGGAUCCGCAAACGCGACCUCCACAUCCUCACUGUCGGAGUCCACACAUACAGCAGCGAUGCGCGGUUCGCGGCGCUCCACGCUGACGGCUCCGAUGAGUGGACGUUGCGAGUGGCGCCGGCUCAGCCUAGGGACUCUGGCGCUUAUGAGUGCCAAGUGUCGACGGAACCGAAGAUCAGUUUGUCGUUUAGACUUACUGUUGUAGUAUCAAAAGCGGAGAUCCUGUCUGGGCCAGAGUUGUUCGUGCGCGCGGGUUCCGAUAUCAACCUCACAUGCGUCGCGAAAUACGCUCCCGACCCACCCAGUUUCAUCUACUGGUACCGCGGCGACCAGGUGGUAAACUACGCUCAGCGCGGAGGCAUCAGCGUAGAAACGGAGCAGCGUACGCGUACCAGCCGGUUGCUUAUAGCACGAGCGUCGCCGCAUGAUUCGGGCAACUAUACUUGUGCUCCGAGUAGCUCUGAGUCCGCUUCGGUAAUAGUGCAUGUGCUCAGCGGAGAGAGGCCGGCGGCCAUGCAAAGCUCCGGAUCGUCCCCGCCAGGCCUCAACCGGGCGAUCUUAGGCCUCGCCACCGCCGCUACCGUCGCCAGCCCUCGCCAGUGGCUCGCACUCGCAAACCAACUCACUGCAACCGCUGCACUCAUCAGCCCGGCUGUAGGCCUCGUCAACUAUUUAAGUCAAGGCCUAAGUUCAAGAUGACCGGGGAAUUUUUAAAUAAGAUUAUUAAUUUGUGUAUUCGAUUUCAACCAUACCAUUGUUGGAUAUAAAUACAACGAUUAUAAAGUAGAUUUUUCGUGUUGAUAUUGCUAAAUCUUUAUUGUCAUAUUAUCGUCAAUUUUAAAGAUAAAACUUUGCUCAUAGAAGCUCAGCCUGUUGAAUUUUGACAUUUUAGGCUUUCUUAAUUUUUGCAACUGUAGCGAAAAAUGUGAUCAGCUAUAGAAAAUUUAUCAUACACCCAUUCGUUCAUAUCAACUUGAAAUUUAACAAGUUUUAACUUGUCAUGUAUAGUUUGA